AUGUCUGCCGUUCAACGCAGUCUUUUUGAUAGAAUUGCAGCUGAAGGUGUUCACUUUGCAUUAUGGACAUCAAUUAUGAGUGUUGGUGGUGGUUUAGAAGAAAUACUUGUGAAUCAUGAUGCACGUGUGAGUAUUUCUGGUGAACAUGCCAUACCAGAACUACUGGAAACAUACAAACGAUCUAAAGUUUUAACAAAUUUAUUGUUAUUUAUAAGUGGCAUUUCAGGUGCAUUCGCUUAUCAACAAACAAAAGAUAAAUAUUGGCUUGUUGGUUCAGGUUUAAUGAUUGCUGGAAUUCCAUAUUGUGCUUUGCUUGAAAGUCCAGUUGCUGAACAAUUGAAGUAUCUAACACUUGAUGCUAAAUCAGAAAAAGCGAGAUCAUUAUUAACUUCGUGGGGAAAUAUUCAACUUGGUAAAUUAGCACUGGCUGUUGGAGGAGCUAGUGUGUUCUAUUGGUUUGCCCGUCGCUAA